AUGCAGCAUCCACGUAGAAACAGCCGUGGCUCUGCGUCCCCCUCCUGUGAGGGUCACAACUAUGCAAAGGCGAUCAUAGUAGAGGAUGACGAAAGGGGAGAGGAGGCGAUUAGCAGGGGCGCUGGUCGAGGUCCAAGCGUCGGCGGCGGCGAUGGUGGCACCAGCUGUGCCAGCAACUCUCCCCUCACCUCCAGCUCAGGCGGCAGCGUGCACGAAGCCCAGCCACCACCCGCGGUGGCCACAUUGGCAACAGCGCCACUGGGGCUAGUCGCGUCAGGCAUAGACGAACCUCUAUGCGGUGAGCAGGCACACUCCAUCCGCACUAGGUGCAGAGAAACAGAGGCGCCAACAACACCACCACCACAGCUGCAUUCAGUCGUCAAUGGCGCCACUAGGGCUGUGGAUGCUAGUGGUAGGGCAAGUACAGCGCGAAUCAUGCGGCUAGACCCCGUCACGCCCUCCUUCGUCUCUUCUUUGUCUCCCCAUCCUGUGGCUCAUCACACGCUGCGCCUCCAGCCCUCCGCCGCCUCACUUCAGCCCCUUCCCCACGCACGGCAGCUGCAGGAGCGGGUUGAUGAAGAGGAAGGGGUGCCCCCCUCAAAGCGGCUGCGUCCAUCUCUGAGCAAACCCAUUGCCUCUGCAGCUACACCUCCUUUGGCAACGGCACCUCGUGGUAUAUGUACCGCAGAUGUCGGCAGCAGCGGCAGCCGUGUCUUGCGGCUCGUAUUGUCAAGUUGCAGUGCCACUCCAGCCGACACUGCAAAGACGUCAGCUCGUACGCCGGCGUCCGUCUCCGCUGCGGGCGGUGGUGGUGGUAACGGUGCGGCCACCACAUGCGUCAACGUCUCCGCCCAUGGCGAGGCGCUCAAAGGGGGCAGAAGAGAAGCAGCCGAAGAAGCAGAGAGCCCGGCCAAGGCCAACGAGGAGGCACAGUGUACGUCAGACACGCCGGCGCAUGCCCCUUUGGGUGUCUCACCACCUCUUCCACUAGCCUCCCCAGCCGCCGCCACCAUCGUCAAGGCUGAGGCGAGUGGCAUCGGUGUCGCACCUCUCCCAGCGGCCCCAGCGUCGCGCCCACCGCCGAUCCUCACAAGCGUCACCACACGCGCCAUCACUGCCAACGCGCUAAACGUGGGGUCGCCCGUGUCGGCCUCCGUGGCGUCGGUCGUCGCGCAACAGCAUCAUAUUCGACCGACCACAUCUGGUGCAAGCCCUUCCGGAGCGAUAGAGACAAGCGGCUUCCCGCGCCUACGCUCGCUUACACCAACACCAUACCCCGGCGCGCAAGGGUCCCCAUGCCGGCGUCACCGCUUUGCGGGGGUAAACCUCCCCGGCGCUCCGCCGCCAUCUAUUGACUUUGGCUCCAUCCAGCGCACUGUGAUGGACGUCUAUGAGGUGCACGAGAAGCUCAGCGAAGGCACGUAUGGCGAGGUCUUCAAGGGCGUCGACAAGCGAACUGGCGCUGCGGUGGCACUGAAGCGUCUCAAGAUACUGAGCACCCACCAGGGCUUUCCACAGACCUCGUUGCGGGAGAUAAUUGCCCUUCGACACAUCCAGAGCCAGCGCGAGCGGCUCGAGGAACGACUGCGCAACGACGUGCAUCACCGCGCCACGGUGGCCAUCACCGACCCUCUCGCGGAGGUCUCGCAACUCUGUGAUGUUCUUCUCUACGAUCGGCAGCAGCGCGACAUUGUGCUGGUGUUCGCGUACGCCACGGCGAGUCUGGCCGGCCUGUGUCGCCGCCAGUUCGCCUUUACUCCGUCGGAGAUGGCCUUCCUCAUGAAGAAACUCCUCAUCGCGGUACGCAAGCUGCAUGAGAUGCGCAUUAUUCACCGCGACAUUAAGUCCGAUAAUGUGUUGGUAACGUGGGAAGGCGAGGUGCAGUUGACCGACUUUGGGCUGUGCUCCAUCGUCGCAUCCGGGCCGUCGCAGUCUGGCGCGCCUGUGUGGCGGACACCAAGCGUGAUUACCCUGGCCUACCGUCCACCAGAGAUGCUGCUGGGCAGCACCGCGUAUGAUGAGAAGGUGGAUGUGUGGUCGCUUGGGUGCCUGCUCGCCCAGAUGUACCUUCUCGAGCCCCCCUUUUACAGGCACCGCGCGCAGCCACAGCAGCGUGCGCCUGAGCGAUCGGCGGCUACGGAACUAGACCAGCUCUCCCGCAUUACAGAGGUGCUAGGACCGCUGCCACCGGUGCGCGUCUAUCACCCUGACUCGUGUCAGCACAUGCGCGUUCUGGAACAACUGGAGAGGCAGGGGCGUUUGGCUGAGUCUGGGCAAGCCACGCAGCCGCCCAACUGGGGCAAGCUGCAGACCAUCUUCGAGCCAAGUUUCCUUUAUCAGCAAUUCCACGGUUUUCGGGGUUGGUUUGAGGCAGAGCUGGAACGCUCGCGGCACCAGCCACGCCGUCGGCCCACGCAAGCUUGCAUGGACGUACUCUGCGCCGCCUUACAGCUCGACCCGCAGCAGCGCCCCUCCGCGGCAGAGCUGCUGCGCAUGCCAUACUUUACCACCUUAGAUGACGCCCCGUUGCUGGGUAGCUAUCAACGGGUCCUCUCCGUCACCCCGGAACGGGAGGCUGAGGUGCGCCACGGCUUCAUGAUAAAGGUGCGACGAUGUGGAGACAGCCACACGCAACGCCGCCUGCAUCAGUAA